AUGGCCUCAGUCCGGUGGCAGGCAUGGGGCGGCAUCCGCUUCAAGGAGACAAAGCAGCUCCUUGCCUAUUUCGCCAAAACAGCAGGCCAACCAGUCGCCUUCAAGGCGAAUCGGCAAAAGCCAGAUGGCUACCGGACGGGUGCUGGAAUCGUCACGUUUAAGGAUCAAGUAACGGCGCAGAAGCUACUCGAUGCUGCUGAUUCAUCUGGCUCGAUUGAUGUGACGAGCGAGUUGGGCUCCUCCGAAUCAGGGCCGUCGUCUGCAUCGCUUGUUUUUGUUGAGCCGCUGAAUAAGUCUAUGCAGUACAUCACAACAGAAGACUGGCUCAAGCAAGAAGUCCUCUCGCAUAAUCAAGCAUCAGCCAUGCUCAAUCAGUACUAUGAGCGUGAACUCAACUGGUUUCCAGGCUUCUUCCCCGACGAGAAGGGAGAGGGCGCACUCACUCGAGCAGUGGCACAACAGCAUGCCGUUUUCAAAGAUGUCGCAACAGCACGCAACAACAAGCUGUAA